CUCCAACGACUUGAAGACUCACACUAUCCAUAGACCAAUCCUAUAGCACAAUCUCAACUCGUGAUCAGGCUCGCAACCAAUCAUCAGUUGACCCCGGGCAACGUGACGCAACAUCCAUCCGCAUCGCAUACAUCCACGAGAUUGAACAAGGCCUAUAUUCCUCCGCACAUAUACUAGGUAUCAAGAAACGAUGGAAGAGACUAUGAAGGCGCGUCCCUUCCGCAUCACACCCGCUGAAACACCAGCCCACAUCACCGCCACCAAAGCCCUCUUCACAGCCUACGCCGAGUGGCUCAACCUAGACCUCACCUUCCAAGGCUUCACCGAGGAACUCGAAUCCCUCCCGGGAAAAUACAGCGCUCCUCAAGGCGAGAUCCUCCUCGCAUAUAGCACCACCAAGCCCGACCAGCCCCUCGGAUGCGUGGCCGUCCGCCCGCUCCCCACCAAGCCCGGCGUGGAUGUGGACGCAAACGCAAACGCCACGGCGACAUGCUGUGAGAUGAAGCGGCUGUUUGUCUCGUCCGAGGCGCGCGGCAUGGGGCUGGGCAAGGCGUUGGUGGAUGCUAUUGUGCAGCGGGCGAGGGGGCUGGGGUAUCGAGAGAUGCGGCUCGAUACGCUCCCUAUGAUGGCGGGGGCGAUUGGGUUGUACCGGCGGGUUGGGUUUCGGGAGAUCGUGGCUUACUAUGAGACGCCGUUGGAGGGGACGUUGUUUUUAGGACUGGAUUUGUCUUGAUCUGCUUCUUUGAUUUUACUCUCUUAGAUUCGGUUUGCACGGUCAUGGUAUGAUAUAUUGAUUGUAUAGCAGCUAUAUGGAAAAAGUUUUAUGAACCGAUCAUAUCCGAAGACAAGGCAAGCAAACA